UCCUCCACCAUCAUAUCAACUCCCUCCUCUCAACUCUCAGCUUUUCAGACUUACAAAACACAUCAAAAGAUGAUCAAGCUCAGAUCAAAGAGAUUCUUCAGAAGCAACUCCUCCAAGCUGCGCGGCGGCGACAACGGCGGUAGCAACAGCGGCAAAGGUGGCGCCGCUUCCAUUCCUGUCGGUGAAAUCAAAUGGGAGCUCCGUCCCGGUGGCAUGCUUGUGCAAAAGAGAGAAUCUUCUUGUGCAUCAUCUGAUAGCUCCGGUGAAGGCAUUAUUAUCGUUAAAGUCUCCACCGUUUCUCAGUGUCACGAUAUUUCUAUCCAAUCCACUUCCACUUUUGGGGAAUUAAAGAUGAUAUUAGCGGUAAUUACAAGUUUGGAGCCAAAGGAGCAGAGAAUCUUGUUCAAAGGAAAAGAGAGAGAAGAUGAAGACCAUCUUCACAUGGUGGGAGUGAGAGACAAGGACAAAGUGUUGUUACUAGAAGACCCGGCUAUCAAGGAGAAGAAGCUUCUUCUCGGGUUGACGGGUCGGGUACGACCCAUCGGGCCUCCACCGGCUUUUCGGACCAUUACUGUCUAAUCAUGGAGGCUCAUAACUAAUUAUGCUUAUUUGUCUUUAUCUACUAACCAUGCCUAGCUUCUUAUCUUAAUUACCAAAAAGAAGCUGGGAAAAAGAUCCAAGAUUCUCUAAUUAGUUUAAGUGGGUAGAUUAAUUGAAGUUGGAUUGAUGUAUUAUAUUUGAUGUUUAUGUUUAUUAAUCAAGGUGUUGCGAGUCGCUUCAUUUUGAUUAAUUCGGCUAAUCGCUAUGUUUAUAAACUUAAUUAUCUUAUUAGCUUUCAAUGAAGUCGUUUUAUCCCA